AUUGAAGUGAUCAACAACUCGGCUGUUUCAUGUAAUUUUCUCCGACGUGCAAAACAUGUGUUUCUGUUGUGGAUAAGGAAUCUUGAGUUCAGAAAGUGUAAGGCAAAACACGGCGGUACAAGGAUGCAGAGUUGAAAUGUGACAGCUCGUGUAUUCAGCUGAAGGAACUGGACUUGGACAAAAUGAAUGCCUCCAUGCAACUGGUGGAGCGCCAGUGUGGCCGCUACCUCAACACCUACGCCACCUGCAUCAGCAACUUCCCCGACACCUGGCACCUGGACUGCAACAAGCAAAAGCUGAAACUAGCCAGCUGUGCUGAGACUGAGCCUACCAUUAAGAAGAUCAAGACAGUCUGUGCCUCUCAGUUUGAGAAGUAUGAGUCAUGUGUGGUGGCCAACCCAAUACAUAGUGAGCACUGCCGGCCUCAGUUUGACCAGUUCAACAAGUGUGCCCAGAAAGUGUCUUCAUACAGUAAUGAUGACCAACACGCUGGGACAUGACCUCAAUAUUCCACACAGAAAAAAGAUGCUUUGCAUCGGACCCAGACACCAGCAUACAUAGAAUGAGUGUGAGUGAGUGUGUUUGUCCUCACACAGGGGUACUAGCAAACUGAUUGUGGGUAUGGGAGAGGUGAGAGUGUGUGUGGCUGUGAGUGUGUGUGUGUUUAUUUGUUGGUGUCAAGGACUAUAUGAGGACAGUCGUGACUUCGACAUGCAGACAAUGGCGUCAUACAGUAAGGAACAGUCACACAACUGUUCAAAACUUUAUUGGGUCAGUAUACAUGUAUACAGAGGACCUGCCUUAAAUAAUAUAACAUUUUUGGACCAAUCUGGCCAUGAUUAGACCAUGUCUUUUAAUAGAUAUGUCACAAUGUCUAAAAUGUUUAUUGUAAUUAUAAAGUACUGUAAUAAACCAGAGUUGAAGCAAGA